CAUCUGAACUGCGGACCAGGAGAGACGAAAAUGACAGAAAUGGCGUGCCUGGAAUGCGGAUCGUGUUGAGUGGAACACAGAAAGUGUUGACGACGAUUUUGGCCAAGUGUGCUGGUCGGCAUCGAAUUUUGGUGUUUUUAACAGAAGACCCAGCAGGUGAACCCAAAAAUGAAGAUGGACGGGUUGGGGCAAACUUCUGUGCCCACGGAUGUCAGAGACAGUGCAACGAUACGUGUGUCUUUGUGAAAGAGCGGAUGUACCAUGGACGAUAAAAAUGGGAUAGGAGUGAUGAGGAUGCAAGAAAAUCUCGUGUGUGCCAAAAUGAGCGACGAGCGAGGUGUAAACGGCGAGAGCAAAAUCGCCUGCGGUGAAGAGUCGCCCCGGAAUGGAAUUUCCGAGACCGCCACCACCACCAACGGUGCCUUCAGCCAGAAAUCGGUCAGCCAGACGGACGCGGGUGGCAGGCUGCGGUUUUUCAAAGACGGCAAGCUCAUCAUUGAACUGUCGCAUCACGAGGGUGAACGAGCGUCGUGGGUGCCUGUUCCCAAGAAAACAUACUGGCCACCCAGGGGCAAGUGCAGUUCCCUCGCACCUGUCACGGUGGCUGGAUCCUCUCGCCAGGAAUGCUCCACUACCCUCAGCGUUUCUGAUGACAACUCUUCAGUGCAAUCCUCUCCUUGGCAAAGGGACCAUUGUUGGAAACAAAGCCACCCCCGCAAAGACGCUGGCCGCUUCCUUGUUUUCCUAAUGCGCUCUGAUGACAGUGUGAAAUCGGUCAGGUGGCGCAACGCUUUGGCGUUAAAACGCAUGAGGCGACGGCCGUUCGAAAUCAUUGUGCUCAAAGAGGACUCAGUGCCAGGCGGUAAAAGGCCUGCCAGGGAGACGAAGAGGAAGGAGCUUGAGGCUGUUGUUGAGAUACUGACUGCUAAAGCGCGGGAAGCGGUUAAAGCCUCGCCCGCGCCUGGAAGCAGCAAAUUGGAUCACUGUGUGGUGUCACCAAGGAAGAGGAUUCUCAGGGAGUUUGAGAAGGUUACGCUGGAGGACCAGACCUAUAAGAGACAUAAAAGGCCAACAGCUGGUGCUCCGGUGCUGUCCCCGUCACCUCCCUCCCUAAUUCCUCACAUCAACGCAAUUAGAACAAUGGGCAGCUAUACUGUUCCUGCUUCCACCCCGUCACCAUCAAGCAGCCCGUCGCCUUCGCCGGCGACAAAGUGUAAAGAGAGGUUAGGCUCAUACAGCAUCAACUCGUUGCUUGGCCGGCCUGAUGACGAUCCUGAGCCUUCUUCAUUUCUCAGGUCGCUCCUUGGGACGUCACCUCGCAGCGAUCGGGGCUCAUGUGGCUCAUCGCCCUCAUGUGUCUCAUCGCCGCAGUCUCCUGCCGAGGUGAGAUGGCGGCCGUCGAAGAAAAAAGUGGCCUCCCCCGACCCGCCGCAGUCCCUACCCAUCCACCAGCCGUUUCCUGGCCUCAACUUCUUUCCUCCCCCGCCUAUGGCGUUCUUUCACCCUUACAACAGGAGCAUGUGGCCUCAUCCCUCGCCGGCAGCCCAUAACAUAAACUACCCUGCAGCAGCAAACUUCAUGCCCUUGGGAAGUGUGUGGUCGCACCCUCACUUAGGACCGACUGCACCCUUGCCCGGCCAGCAAUUUUGCGUUGACCCUAGGAAAAGGGACGAGUUGACAGCAGAUAUGCCUUUGAAUUUAUCGAAGAAUGCUGGAUGAGUCUGGUAAUGACUGCUAAGGCACUUUUCAUAUUAAAAUGAUUGCUGGCAAUCUUUUGGCUUGCCUUCUCUCAGUGAUUGUAAAACAAUAGGCCACAGACUUGUCGAGCAAAUGACGAAACUCUGCACACCGCUCCUUGAACCUUACGCAACACAAAAAAAAUCAGACCAAGUGACGAGAAACGGCUUUCUAUCGUGAUUUGCUCAGCGACUUCCUGGCCGAGGAGCAAGUCAUUUUCUUACUUCACAUCCGCCGUCUUCCUUUAAAGAUUCUUUCAAUGUCGCCAUCGUAAAUUCUACCAGUAUUAUUGCAUUUUUCUAUCUAUAGCGCCAAUAUGUGACAAGGUUCGGAAUACAUUUGCAUUGUGUUUGCGCAGCUGACUUCUUCAUGUUACAGCAUAGUGGGAAUAUUUUUGUACAAGAAUUCAGUAUUUUUCGUAACUGUAGCAAUUGUUUUUUGAAAAUAUAAACUAGGUCUUUGGCAUUUCUCGCAGUUUUUUUGUUUUUGUUUUUAGCAUAACUGCUGCUUUUUAAUGAAACAACCGCUCCAGGCUACUUAAUUCUUUACAUGCAUUUAGGCAUCUCAGGAAAAUUUGCACGGGAGAAAAUGAUAGUUAUGAAGUAGCUGACAGCUGAGAAAGACGUUGACUGCUUUCCGAGGAGCCAGCCGGAUCCCGUCUGUUGUUGUGAACCACAAUAAUUCAAUAAUUCAUGAGUGCUUUAAACAUAACGCUGGCUUUGAAAGAGCUGUGCUCUAGACACCCAAAGCUGGUUUCCCUUUUCCAUGCACAUGCAGCACAAGAAUAGACUAUUUUUAAACUCGAGCCUAGCUAUAGGAACCGCAGCUCGGGUAAUUUUAAAUCGAGCGCAAACACUUUAAAUUUCGUAUCUGUAGAAAGAGAAUAUUCAAUUACUGACUGCGUUCCUCAUCUGAACUCAAAAGAGAAAAAAACAAUUAGAGGUAAAAUUUCUUGGUCGUGUUCAACUCUUAUAAUUUAGACUGUGAACAUAUUAGGUAUUUUUAUGCAAUGCACUGCUUGUUUUACAAAGAAUAUUUUAACGGACGUUGUUUUUAUGAUUAUUUAACAAUGUUUUCUUUGUCAAGCUCCAGCGGUCUGGAGCUACUCUGCAAUAUUGGAAUUAAAGACUUGAAAAAUUGAUUUCUUGCUUACGUGUACAUAUUCUACUCAGUCAUCGCAUGCAAACUAUGUGAAAAGUGCUCAAACACUGGCUGAUGACGAUGAAACUUGAACAAUGCAAGUGAACGUUUCAAUAUUUUCAUGACAGACCUGCCAAGCAAUACAGAGUGAUUUAGUUAUCUUUGAAACAGACUUUUCCGGACCGUUGCCUAUCAACAAUUGCACCUCAAGCGAUGAAGCACUGCUGUCAAAUCAAUUAUCACUUUUGUAAAUAUUCUCUUGGAACAUUUCAAAGAGAAAUAACUACGGAAAUAAGCAUAAAAUAGCCUGUGUACAUGACGUGCAGUAUAUUUUCUUAGCGUAUAAGACGUCUCGUAUGUACGAAGGAUGAACGCAGAUUUGUGCCAUGUAUUUUUUUCUGGCGUCAAAUGAUAUUUUUGACUAUAAAGCAAUUCAUUGCAAUUAUUAGAAUAAAUCUAUUUUAUUUAUUGUGAUAUGGUUUAUAUGAUAGAGAGAAUAGGAUGUACUUGCUGCUGUAACUACUAACGCAGUGAAGACGAGUAAGAUUAAUAAGAAAGAACCUAGGUAAAAAACAAAGCUUGUACAGAAAUAAUACAUUUAAUAAAUGUUGUACAUUUAAAAGUA